AUGUUCUAUGCAGUCAUUUCUCUUCUUCUUGUAUUUUUUUGUAUUUUUUGCAUUUAUGAUUGCAUCAAACCACACAAUUUUCCUCCCGGUCCAAAAUGGUUGCCACUGAUCGGAUGCAUUUUUGCAUUUCGACGAUUAAAGCUAAAACACAAAUACGCUUUCUUGGCAUUUCAAGAAUUGACGAAAACCUAUGGUCCGAUUUUGGGACUAAAAUUGGGGAAUCAGAAAGUCGUUGUGAUUUCAACGCACGAUCUUGUGAAGAAAGUUCUUCUACAGGACGAAUUUAAUGGCAGACCAGAUGGAUUCUUCUUUAAAGUCCGUGCAUUUGGAAAAAAGAAAGGUAUUUUAUUUGCGGAGGGCACUACAUGGUCUCAGUGUCGCCGCUUUACAAUGCGUCAUCUCAGAACUUUUGGUCUAGGUCAAUCAAUUAUGGAAAAACAUUUAACUAUUGAAGCUCAAAAUCUUGUGAAUUACCUUCAUCGUGCUAGUGCCAAGGGCCCAGUACUAAUGCAUACAGCUUUCGACAUUGCCGUUCUAAAUUCUCUAUGGUAUAUGUUUGCUGGUCACACAUUUGACUAUGAAAAUGAGAAACUGCAAGAAAUUCUUCAAACUGUCCACGAUGCUUUCAGAUUGAUGGAUACAAUGGGUGGCAUUGUUUCGCAAAUGCCAUUUCUACGGUUCAUAAUACCAGAAUUAUCUGGUUACAACGACUUAAUGAGAAUACUGCAGAAGCUUUGGAAUUUCUUAGAUGAAGAGAUCAGUGUUCACGAAAAACAAUUAUCUCGAAAUCAACCAGAGAAUUUGAUCGAAGCUUUUCUUUUAGAAAUUUCGUCAAAAAGUAGCGAUUGUGAUGAUUCUAUUUUUAAUCGAGAAAAUUUGUUGGUUGUGUGCCUGGAUCUUUUUUUGGCCGGUUCGAAGACUACUACAGAUACUUUAGCGGCUAUUUUUCUAUUUUUAUCUUUGCAUCCUGAAUGGAUUAAAAUACUCCAAAAAGAAUUGGAUACCGUUCUAGGUAGAUCUCGAUCUCCUAGUGUAGAAGAUUAUUCAUCAUUACCUAUGAUGGAGUCGUUUCUGGCAGAGAUACAGAGAUUUUUGAAUUUGGCGCCAUUUGGAUUACCUCACAAGACUAUGAAAAAUACAAUUUUGAACGGAUAUACUAUACCUAAGGAUACCGUAAUCCUUCUGGAUUUCCACAGUGUGCAUAAUGAUCAAGUUUACUGGGAUCAUCCAGAAGAGUUUCAACCACAACGAUUUCUUGACGUGAAUGGGCGAUUUUGUCAGAAUAAUUCAAACAUUCCAUUUGGAUUAGGUAAAAGACGUUGUCCUGGUGAAACUCUGGCCCGGACAACCUUAUUCUUAUUCUUCGCCUACGUUAUACAUUACUUUGACAUCGAAAUUUCACCGGAGCAUGGCAAGCCGGAUCCGGAUGGACACGAUGGUUUCACUAUAUCACCAAAAUCUUAUUAUUUGAAACUUACGGCGAGAUCUGAUAUUAUAAAUAGCGUCACCGUGUAAAUGAUAUAGAUGAUUAGUUAAAAAUAAACAAAGAAAUAUUUAACAAACACGUUAAAACCCAAUAUAAAAGGACUGAUUUGCCACGUGGCGUGUGAGUUAAGGUACAUUUGGACUUCUGCGAAACGAACUGAUUUCGUCGAACACGUAAAACGACGCAUAAAGCGACUUUCACG